CAAUACCUAUGAUGCGAUAGUGUAUUGAGCAGGGAAGUGAUUCAGACAAGCAACGGCAAAUCUCUCAAAUGGGUAGUAUAUAUUCCCACGCAGAAUUCACAAUUAUAGCUGCCGCGGGAAAGGACGCUACGUACGGCUUACCUGGAAUAAGUAGGCCCCGUCGACAGAAAGGAAAAGAGAUCAUUACGGGCGUGGCCCUUUUAGAGGGAUUUCCUCAUACCUUUUACACGAUGCAAAGAUCCGCCUGGGCAAGCCGCGGCUGGACGUACCAAGAAUGCUUUCUAUCACCAAGAAGGCUUGUAUUUACCGACAACGGAGUGUCCUAUCUUUGCAAUAGUUUACAUUCGAUGGAAUCUGAGAUAAUACCAUUGGGUUGGAUACAAAAGAGUGCGGGCUCCCUCUUCCAAACCUUCAUCCCUCCUGGAUUCUAUCCCGAUAGCAUGGGCGAAGCUUGCCGACGUCUUGCUGAAUAUAGCUCGAGGAAGCUGACAAACGGCGACGAUGCUCUUAAUGCCAUUUUAGGCAUUCUACAAACAAUGGAAAAUUCCGUAAAGGGCUUACGGUUUAUUUGGGGUAACCCUAUUGAGGGCGACAAUCUGCUACUCCAAUGGCAUCAUAAGAAUCCAGCCAAAAGGCGCCCUCAAUUUCCCAGCUGGUCUUACCUUGGCUGGGAGGGCUAUUGUGAUAUUGCCUGUGGCAUACCUCGUAGACAUGCUCUGCCAGUACCUGAUAUCAAAGUUGGCGAUAGUCAAAAGCCCCAUUAUACUUUUGACAAUGUGCCCUCCCUUUCAAUCCAAAUGAGUGAUCAUGGGGAAGAUGAACUUCGUUAUUUGCACGCUACUGGCCCAAUCAUUGGUGUGCAGUUGCGGUCUAUCCGACGACAGGAGGGUUGUGAAGCAACUCUACAUCCCUUCUGCCAAGGGUCCAGUGAUGAAAUCUAUGCUGUGUUUGACGUUUCACCAGACAAUCACAUACUAGCUAGAAUUCAUUUUGACCGGAGGAAUAUUUCGGUCAACUCUAUAAUCGGUAUGCCGCUUGACCUACAAGAUUCUACUGGUAAUUAUAAAAGGGACGCUUGGAUCUUGCUCCUAGAAAAGUGCGGGGAAAUCUAUGAAAGAAUCGGUUACGUGUCAUGGCAUGACAGUUAUCCUAUGCCCUCAAAAGAUGCUAGGCCCUCACAAGAUAUUCAGCUCUUGAAGAAAAUCAACGCGGGGGGGGGGUUAUAAACGGUUGUCUCAGCUUAGGGUCUGUUCUGAUUAUCGUAAUACUCUUCUUUGGCUGGAAGGAGCAAGGACAGAGACUGUCAUAAUUAAAUGAAGGAAAUAUUGGGCAUUUUUUGUGAAUAGAUUUUUUAAGAAGAAAUCAUUACAGGAAAAGGCGUAUAUUAUACAACCCAUUGAAAUUAAAAGAAUUGAUUAUUGUUCGUAUAUA